UUUAUAUAAAGUCUUUCCGUCCCUACGCGGCUUCCGUACACAGCGUGGAUUUCAAUGACAUUCUGAGCUAUCAUAAGUCAGUUCACUUUUAGAAGGUGUAAAGAUGUCUUUAACCUUUUUAUUCAGAACAAUUACAAGAGACGUUGCAAAGGUCAGCGUUUGCCAGCAUGUACAGUCGUUACACACAGGUUGUCAGCUUCUGGCAGCUGAAAAAGCCCUCCUGAUGAAACUGCGGAAAAACACCGGCUACACUUUCAUUAACUGCAAGAAAGCCCUAGAGAAGUUUGAUAACGACAUGGCACAGGCAGAGACCUGGCUACAUGAACAGGCCCAGAAGGAGGGCUGGAGCAAAGCUAACAAGCUGGAGGGUCGCAAAGCCAAAGAGGGUCUGAUUGGCCUCUUUAUAGGAGAUAAAGCUGCAGUUAUGGUGGAGGUUAACUGUGAGACAGACUUUGUCGCUCGCAACGAAAAGUUCCAACAGCUGGUUAAGGAUGUGGCAUUUGCCACCUUGGCUCACCACCGGAAUAAAAGCCAGGCAGGAUAUGUGAAGAGUGUCCUGGUAGGUGAUGAGUUAAACAAUCUCAGUGUGAAUGAAGGAGCUUCACUUUCUGACCGGGUGGCUCUCACAAUAGGUCGCCUCGGUGAGAACAUGUCAGUGAGGCGGGCGGUGGCAGUGGGUGUCCCCGCCGAGUGGCACAUCGGCUCAUAUGUACACGGUGGUGUGAGCGGCCAGACUGAAGUGGCAAUGGGUCGGUAUGGCGCCCUUGUCGUAUUUCAGGGUGGAAAGGAGGGAGAACGGGAAACUCUAGGACGUAAGCUGGGACAGCAUAUAGUGGGAGAGGCCCCUGUGUCUCUGGGCAACAUGGAUGACCUGCCUUGCGGUGAAAGUGAGACACGCCUGCUGCCUCAGACCUUCCUGGGAGACCCCAGCAGGACUGUGGCACAGUUUCUCCGGGGUCAACAGGCUCGAGUGCUGGACUUUGUCCGAUUUCAGUGUGGCGAGACAGCCGGUGAAGAAGCAAAAUGAAGGGAGGGAAAUCAUUGAUCUAAAAGGAUUCGUCAUGUGUCUCUGUUUAAUAUGAAAUGCAACUAUUCAACAUUCAGACACUCACACAGUGUCAUCAUGAAUUAAAAGCAGAAUAUGUAGGUCCAUGAAAUUACUAAUUCAACAAUAAAAAAAAGUAAUUUCAUUUUAAUGUGUAUAUGGUACUCGUUAUUCUAACUUAUAAGAUCUACAUCAACAUCCUCUUAAUCAGGUAACUCACUGACAUGAAUCCACCUACUGUCAUAAUAAACUUGAUGUG